AUGGGGUGGGGAGGGACUGAGGUGGGCGGGUUGCUCACCUGCGUUUCUCACCCACCCCCCCAAUAUAGUGAAUGGACGGAGGAGAACCAGCUGUGGGUGCAGCAGGUCUCCAGCACGCCCAGCACGCGCAUGGACGUGGUCCACCUGCAGGAGCAGCUGGACCUUAAGCUGCAGCAGCGCCAGGCGCGCGAGACCGGCAUCUGCCCCGUGUGGGGCGAGGGCUACUCUCAGUGCUUCGACGAGCUAAUCCGGCAGGUGACCAUCAACUGCGCCGAGCGCGGGCUGCUCCUGCUGCGCGUGCGGGACGAGAUCCGGAUGACCAUCGCGGCGUACCAGACGCUCUACGAGAGCAGUGUGGCCUUCGGCAUGAGGAAGGCCUUGCAGGCAGAGCAGGGCAAAUCCGACAUGGAAAGAAAAUACAGACAAAGAAAUUCCUGGAAUCCAGUGAUGAUGCCAGGUUGCCAGUUUGGUCUCAAGUGA